CUUGGGAUGCUUUUGGUCCUUUUGGGAGCCUGCUGCUGAGUCUGACUCCUUGCUCUGGCGUCCAGGAUGGCAAGGCUGUGGGCUUGCUUUCUGCUCCUGGCGUUCUCCUUCUCUUCCUUUGCCUCCUCCUUAGAGGGGGACCCCCAGAGACCCCUGAAGCUGCUCUGGAGGGACCCCUUGCUGCUCCCUUCCAGCUUCUCCCCGGCCUCCCGAGCGGCCCAGACGGCCCUCCACUACUUCAAUUACCAGCUGGGCUCGCCUAGUUCUCUGCGGGCGCUGGGUCAGGUCAAGAAGGCGUCGGUCAAGAAUAUUCCAGGUGUUGGACAGAAAUAUUUCCUUCAGUUUUCUACAAAAGAUCUUCAGACUGGGCAAAAACUAGGCACAUGCUUUGGUUCUGUGUUCUACCUGAAGAAAAAACCCAAGCCAACAGUUGAAAUAAGUUGCACCCACAACAAGAAGCCAGAUCAGCGUCUGCAAGAAGACUACAGCUUGUACCUAAGCAUUAGAGAUAAUAAUGAGCCCUCUCUCGAUCAUCUGUGGGCUUUGGGCACAGUUGGAAGUAGUUACAUUGCAUGGGAGAAGUCAACCAAAGACUCGAGCUACAUCAUGACACAAAUCAAGAAUGUGAAGCAGUGGAGAAGAGCUGAUGAGUCUCUUGAAUUUGAUUACAGUGUUCUGCUUGCAAAUGAUGUUUCAGAGUCUCUUUCCUGCCAUAUGCGCGUUGUCUGGAACCUUGUUCAACCUAUGAAAGUGAAGUAUGUCUGCUCUACCGAAGAUGAAUCUUCAGGGUUUGGUGAAGGAUCUGGAGCAGAACUGGGAUCUACAAGUGGUUUUUUUAUUGAGCCAGAAAGUAAUUUUUAAGUAGAGUCAAUGCUUAUGUUUAUAAAGAUGUAAACAUUUUUACAAAGGCUUAGAGCACAUGUUAUUAAUAUGUCAAAGUCAGUGUUAUGAUUAUUAUUCUAUGUAAAUUGUUGCAAUAAAUGUACUUGGAAGUUUUGCACCACAGUCGCCCCUCCAUUUUCGUGGACUUGAAGUUUUCAGUCUUGAUUAUUCAUGGAGGGGUGAGCCCCAUUGGCUAAAAUGGCAUGCACAAGAGAGAGAGCGGCCAUUCAAACCAAUGGGGCUUGAAUAUAUUUGAGUUUCCAUUUUCCAGAUCACCCAUGAAAAUGGUGGGCGACUGUAGUUGCUUUUUUCCGACUAUGAAUACUACAUACUCUUUUUCUGGGUAGUUUCAUAUGAAGAAAAAGUUUCCUCCCCACUCUUCCUAAACCAUUUUUUUCAAAUUGUUUUUAAUAUAUGUAAGAACUACUGAUUUGUCUCCCAAGUUUCUGGCACUAGUGGGGUAUCCUGGUAUGAAGAAAAUGUUAAUAUAUAUGAUCAAAAGUUUUAAAAUUUUUAAAACAGCCAUUUUAAAGGAAUAUUUGUUGAGAUAUUUGAUGGUUACUUUUAACUUAUACCCAAUAAAUUAAGUAGUGAAGCUUUUUCCUUUUUUCUUUAGUGUCUUGUUUUACAUUGAUUGGAUCAUUUCAAAAUUAUUUUUCUGUGUUGCAGGAAAGAGACUUUGAACAAAUCAUGAGAAAUAAAUACUGAUGAUUAACUAGAA